ACCGAAGAAAGAGAAGGUCUCCCUUCAGCAAGCACUAACAUGCUUAGGAAUUUAUUCCUGAAUCUUUAAAAGACUUCUUACCACCAUCUGGGAUCCACUGCAAGAAUAUCAAAACGGGAAACUACAUUAAAAGGAACAGGAAGAAAUGAAAGCAAGUUGGUGAUACUUGAAUCUGUGAAACUCUGCAUGGAAAAGCAAGUUUUAUCUUCAACAUUCUGCAAUGUAAAGAAACCUUAACUGAGGAAUAUUCAUCUUAACUACUGAAAUUCCGGACAAGUAGUUUUACUACCAUCUCAGAAAGUUUUCCUUUAAAUUUAAAAUCUAAUGGGUUCGCUUCACUGACUGGACUUUUUUUUUUUUAAAGAUUGCUCUUCAGUUAACUCAGCCCUAAAUUCAAGGAUCUUUCUGAAGACUAGGAAAUGAGAAUAUUUUCCUACUGAAGAAGUACGUGGAAACUCUACAGCAACAAAUUCCAUGCUUCUUUUGAAGAAUUUGGAGGAAAUACUUAUAAAACCAUCCAAAGACCCAAGGAAAUUGCAAAUACAUUGGAGGUUAUAAAGUGGUCACGAUCUGAAUACUUACAAAAAAACUACAGCUGCCUGGAAGGACUUUAACAUUGUAAAUUGGUCGUGCCUUUAUAAUGGUAAGCAAUAACAGCACCAACUGCUUUGAUGACUCCUUUAAGUAUACUUUGUACGGGUGCAUGUUUAGUAUGGUGUUUGUGCUUGGGUUAAUAUCCAACUGUGUUGCCAUAUACAUUUUUGUCUGUACCCUCAAAGUACGAAAUGAAACUACAACCUACAUGAUUAACUUGGCAAUGUCAGAUUUGCUUUUUGUUUUUACUUUACCCUUCAGGAUUUUUUACUUUACAACACGAAAUUGGCCGUUUGGAGAUUUGCUCUGUAAAAUUUCAGUGAUGCUAUUUUACACCAACAUGUACGGAAGCAUUCUGUUUUUAACUUGUAUUAGUGUGGACAGAUUUCUGGCAAUCGUUUACCCAUUUAAGUCAAAGACUCUAAGAACAAAACGAAAUGCAAAAAUUGUUUGCAUUGCUGUGUGGUUAACUGUGGUGGGAGGAAGUGCCCCAGCAGUUUUUUUUCGAUCUACCAACCCUCAGGAAAACAAUACCUCAAAAGCCUGUUUUGAAAAUUUUCCAGAUCACACAUGGAAAACAUAUCUCUCAAGGAUUGUGAUUUUCAUCGAAAUAGUGGGAUUUUUUAUUCCUUUGAUUUUAAAUGUAACUUGUUCUAGUAUGGUGCUAAGGACUUUAAGAAAACCUGUUACAUUAAGUAGAAGCAAAAUAAACAAAACAAAAGUUUUAAGAAUGAUUUUUGUACACUUGGUGAUAUUCUGCUUCUGUUUUGUGCCUUACAACAUAAAUCUUAUUUUAUAUUCUCUUAUGAGAACACAGACAUUUGUUAAUUGUUCAGCAGCCAAAGCAGUACGGACUAUGUACCCAAUCACUCUCUGCAUUGCUGUUUUAAACUGUUGCUUUGACCCUAUAGUUUACUACUUCACCUCGGAUGCAAUUCAGAAUUCAAUAAAAAUGAAAAGCUGGUCUUCUAGGAGAAGUGACUCUAGAUUCUCUGAAGUUCAAGGCACAGAGAGCUUUAUUCAACAUAGCCUACAGACUUUAAAAAGUAAGAUAUUUGACAAUGAAUCUACGAUAUAAGCUGCCUAAAAUAAAAGCACUGGGAUUCCACUGGGACAGACUUCCACAUUUCUUCAACUGUGAAAAGUAUUUUCUUGGACAACUAUUUCUCCACACGUUAAGCAUUAAAAUGUAUUCUACUGUUGUAUAUAUCCCAUUUUAUUUUUGAAUAAUUUGAUUUGUAUCUUCCUCUUCAUUAAAAAAGAACCUCUAAAAAUUGUUCAGUCUAUAAGUGACUGAUUUAAAUCAUGUGGUGACUAUCUGUACUUUAUUGAACUUAAUUUUAGACUAAGUAACUUACAAAUAUUUUAAGUUUGUAAUAACUAAUAUUUUAUUCACUAUAUAUCAGAUUUUAAAUUUAAUUCCAGUUGAAAUUACUAGCCACAUUUUAAAAACUAUAAGAACA